CAUUUAUUGCCACUCAUAGUGGUGAUCACCUUGAUGAUUUACACAGGAAAAAGAGAGAGCAGGUUCUUAGGGAACAUAAAAACAUCUGGGAGAAAAAAGAGAAUUGUAGUUCAACGUUAGAUUUGGAGUUCACAAUGAAAGAACUUAAAACAGCCUUACAAGGCACAGGAAAUACGGCUCCAGGACAGGAUCAGAUUUGUUAUGCAAUGCUCCGACAGCUUCCUGAAGUAACGUUACAGAUAAUAUUGAAUCUUUUUAAUAAAAUAUGGAAAGAGGGACAGAUACCCAGGAGCUGGAAGGAGGCAGUAAUACUGCCAUUCAGCAAACCGGGGAAAGAUCCUGGAAACCCAAACAAUUACAGACCUAUUGCGUUAACAUCUCACAUUUGCAAAUGGAUGGAGAAAGUCAUUGUAAAUAGAUUAGCGUUUUUUCUGGAGCAGAAAGGGCUGCUAAAUAAUAAUCAGUGUGGUUUCAGAAAAGGGCGCUCAACAGUGGAUGCCUUAGUAAGAGUGAGCAAUGAAAUUGAAAAGACUUUUAAAAUGAAAGAGGUAAUGGUUAUUGUGUUUUUUGACAUUGAGAAGGCUUAUGACUCAAUGUGGAGAGAUGGUCUUCUUAUAAAACUAAAUCAAAUGGGUAUUGGUGGAAGAGUCUUUAAUUGGAUAAUGAAUUUCUUAACAGGCAGAAAAAUCAAAGUUAAAGUAGGAACAGCAUUAUCUCAAGAUUUAGAGGUAGAAGAUGGUAUUCCCCAGGGAAGUGCCAUUAGUCCACUUUUGUUUAAUAUCAUGAUUAAUGAUAUUUUUUCAAAACUAAAUGGGAGUAUUAAUUCAGCCCUUUAUGCGGAUGAUGGUACCAUAUGGAUGAGAAGCAGAAAUGUGACGCAUGUUAUCAGGAAUAUUGCAAGCGCUAUACAGGAAGUGGAGAGGUGGUCAUAUGAGUGGGGGUUCAAACUUUCAGUCAGUAAAUCCUGCUACAUGAUAAUAACAAAUAAACGGAAGGUUAAUAAUGUAAACUUAACACUGUAUGGUCAACCACUGCAGAAAGUAUCGGAGUUUAAAUACCUUGGCCUUUGGUUGGACAAUAAACACACAUGGAAAACCCAUAUCCAACAUUUAGAAACAAAAUGUAAAAAAGUAAUAAAUCUUUUACGAGCUGUUGCUGGAUGCUACUGGGGGGCAGACAAACAAGCUCUAAUGGACAUAUAUAAAGCACUGAUGAGGUCAGCAAUAGACUAUGGCUGUAUAAUAUAUGGAGCAGCAGCAAAAACUACUCUACAAAAAAUAGACAGAUUACAAUACAGGGCUUUAAGAAUAUGCACAGGACUCAUGAAAACAACACCAAUUAAUGCAGUCCUAAUAGAGGCAGGAGAAACACCAUUGGAGAUGAGGAGGGACAAAUUCUCACUAACAUACUGGGUUAAACUGAAAGGAAAUGGUGAUGAAAACCCCUCAACUAAUACAUUAAAACCGUGUUGGGAAUACUCUACAUUUCAGAGAAGAGGCUUUGGAUGGGAGAUAGGAGAUAAGGUGAAACAGUUUGGCAUGGAGAACUUGGAGUUUACAAAAGCUAAUCCUACAAGUAAUGUUCCUCCAUGGCUGUACCCAGAAACAAAAGUUGACUUGAGCAUUCUAGAAAAGAAAAGAGAAUGGCGCUUGACAGAAACUGGAGUUAAAACAAAUGUAUAUCUGAGACAAAAAUAUUAUAGAUACCUAAAAAUAUUCACAGAUGGCUCUAAAAAUGAACAUGAGUGUGUGGGUAUUGGUGUUUUCAUUCCAGAAUUCAAUGUAUAUAUCUCUAAGAGAAUUUCAAAUCAACUGUCAGUUUACACAGCAGAGGUGGUGGCUGUCAUUGUAUGCCUGCAGUGGGUGGAGGAGGUCAGACCAGAUCGGGUGGUGGUGUGCACAGAUUCAGCAGCAACUUUAGAAAGUAUACAGUCAACUAAAUCAGACAGAGAAGAUUUACUAAUAGAACUACAACAUAGCCUAUUAAGGCUUCACCGGGGUGGUGUGGAUGUACAGUUCUGCUGGGUACCAGCACACGAGGGGGUGAAAGGGAAUGAGACGGCUGACAAGUUAGCAAAAGCAUCACUAAGAAAAGAAAUUACAAUACCUAUUCAGCUAGGUAAAGGAGAAGGAAAAACAAUAAUCAAGAAAAAAGGAAUGGAAAAAUGGCAGGAAAAGUGGGAUGAGGAUCAGAAAGGAAGAGGAUUUCAUAAAAUACAAAAGUCAGUAAUAACUAAGAUCUACAGAGAGAGGAACAGGAGGGAGGAAAUCCUCAUUUCACGUCUUAGAGUAGGACACACCGGACUGAAUGACACCAUGUGGUUACUGGGGAAAAGGAUAGAUGAUUUGUGUGAUAUGUGCAGAGUAAAGGAAAAUGUAGAACAUGUGUUGCUUCAAUGUAUGAAGUAUAAAAUAAAAAGGAAAAGAUUUGAAGAAAAAAUUAAAGAGGCAGGUAGGGAGUGGGGCCUAAAUGGAAUUCUGGGAACAGAAGGAGAGGGAGAAGAGAUAAGGAAGGGGAGGAGGGCGCUGCUUGUGUUCCUAAGGGACACAGGGCUGGCAGCUAAAAUAUAAAAAUAGGUAAGUGACAUGAUGAUGCACACUCUUGUACAGUAGGUGGCGGUAUGCACCUAAAAGUUGUUUGCGACCCGCCAUU